AUGUCUCGAAAGCAUCACACCUGGAAGGAGCAGAGCCCUUGGCUCUCUUCCUUGAUGAACGCUGUGGGGACCCAUGUGCCGGCCAAGGGCUUUUCCAUGGGCGUGGAUGAGCAGGUGGCACGCUGGAACCCACCCCGGUGCGGUGUGCCGGACCUCCCAGUGUUGCCGGACAGCCAGAAUGGGCGGAAUCGGCAGAAGCGGUUCGUCCUCUCCGGCGGGCGCUGGGACAAGACCAAUCUCACCUACAAAAUUAUCAGGUUCCCGUGGCAACUUGUGAAAGCUAAAGUGAGAAGGACCAUCGAGGAAGCUUUGAAAGUCUGGAGUGAUGUGACCCCGCUAACCUUCACUGAGGUGCAGGAGGGACGGGCUGACAUCGUCAUCGAUUUCACAAGGUACUGGCACGGAGAUAACUUGCCUUUCGACGGGCCCGGAGGGAUCCUGGCACAUGCGUUUUUCCCCAAGACGCACCGGGAGGGAGAUGUCCAUUUUGACUAUGACGAGACCUGGACCAUUGGGAACAACCUGGGCACUGACCUCCUGCAAGUGGCUGCUCAUGAGUUUGGCCACGUCCUGGGCCUGCAGCACACGGCUGUCUCCAAGUCACUAAUGUCUCCUUUCUACAUCUUCCGCUACCCGCUAAGCCUGAGUGAGGACGACAAGCAAGGUAUCCAGUACCUCUAUGGGAAACCCAAACUGGAUGCUGACCCAACCCCAACUCAGUCAGCAGAGCUGCCCCAGCCAGACUUUGAAACAAAUGAGAUCACCAAUGUGGAGUCUGUGCAGCCCGACGCCUGCAACACAGCUUUUGAUGCCGCAGCCACCAUCCGAGGGGAGCUCUUCUUCUUCAAGUCUCGCUAUGUGUGGCGACUCCGAGCUGGAAAACUGCAGGACGGCUACCCAGCUCUGGCCUCCCGCCACUGGCAGGGGAUCCCCAGCUCUGUUGAUGCCACCUUUGAGGACCCUCUGGGCAAUAUCUGGUUUUUCCAAGAUUCUCAGUACUGGAUUUAUGAUGGUGAGAGACGGGUAUCUGGUCCCACCCCGAUUGUGGAGCUGGGCCUCCCUGCAUCCCCUGUGCAGGCAGCUCUGGUGUGGGGGGCUGAGAAGAACAAGAUCUACAUCUUCGGUGGAGGCAACUACUGGCGCUUCAACCCUCACACUCGCCAGGUGGACAACAUCUACCCCCGGACCAUGGCCGACUGGCGCGGCGUCCCUCAGGAGAUCGAUGGCGCUUUUCAGGAUGAGUUUGGCUUUGCCUAUUUCCUGAGAGGCCGAGAUUACUGGAAGUUCGAUCCAGUCCAGGUGAAAGUGCUAGAGGGCUACCCACGCCACAUCAGCCAGGACUUCUUCAGCUGUACGUCUUCCUCCAACUCCUUCAGAUGA